UAAACUAUCUCGAGUUUCCAUAAUGAACACCGCUGAAGAUCCAGAUAUCGUUCACUUGUACACAAAAAUACGCAAUAAUCCGGACUACUUGGAAGUCCCCAAUGAGAUGCCAUUUGUGGAAUCAACUCUUCAUACUGCUGCUUCAGAAGGCCGUACUAGCCUUGCUCUUGAAAUCUUGAGGCUAAAGCCUUCGCUGGGGAAGAAGUUGAACCUUGAUGGUCUUAGUCCACUGCACAAGGCUUUGGAUAAGGGACACACCAACACUGUGAAACAACUCGUUAAGCAUGAUCCGGGCCUCGUUCGUGUCCCAGGGAGGGAAGGGAUCACUCUUUUGCAUUACGCAGUGAAAAAGGAGGAAAUUGAUCUUUUGAUUUAUUUUCUUCUCGUAUGUCCACACUCAAUACAUGACUUGACGGUUAGAGAUGAGACUGCUGCGCAUAUUGCUGUAAGAAACAACAAUUUUAGAGCUUUUUUGGUUUUGUUUGGUUGGGCUGGGAAGACCAAUUCUAAGGAGGUGUUUAGCUGGAAAAACAAGGAAGGCAAUACGUUGAUGCAUCUUGCAGCUUUAGCAAACCAACCGCAGGUUAUGAAGUCAUUAAUCGGGUAUGAGCACGUGAAUAAGAAGAACUUAGAAGGUAAGACAGCAUUGGAUAUCCUGAAUCCUGAAAAUGUAGAAGCAAGGAAAAUUUUAAUAAGCGCAGGAGCUAAAGAAGGUGCAUAUCUUGACGGUAAUGCCACCAGUUGUGAAAAUUAUUUGAAGUCAAAUAGAACGUUAAAAGAUUUUUUUAUCGAAUUUGGUGCUUACCUGGAGUUCGGUUUGUCAGGAAAUAUGCAAAACGCUGUCCUAGUAGUAGUUGUGCUUAUUGCAACUGCUGCGUUUGAAGCCACUUUCACUUCCCCUUUUGGGAUUUCUCACAAUGAUACCACUCUUGUUUUUCCCAGCAUCACAUCUGCUUAUAAUGAUAUUAAUUCAACCAGUUCAACUAGCACCAACUUCAACAAAAAAACCCUAAGGCUAGCAGAAGUAAGUAUGAUUUACAACACAAUUGCCUUUGGUCUUGCAAUGGGAACCUGUGCAAUACUUACAUUUGCUCCACUCUGCCUCUUUCUCUUGCCAUGUCUUGUUCUAUUUUCCAUAAGCCAUUCAGCAUUGGCAUGGGGAAUAUACCCAGGUGCAGGAGCUCCAUUUAUCCCAUGUGCAGUUGCGGUAUUAAUCAUACUGCCUACCUUGAUUAUAGUUCCUUGGAAGAUCAUACAAUUUAAAUUGAAAGUGAUAGAAAAUAUCUGCUACGAAUACAACCUUGAUGAGGUGAAAUAUCUCACAUUUGGCAGCAGAUUUAUAACUCAAGGACUCAUACUGACUCGGAGGAAAGCAUUACGAUGAAUGUACUACAUCAAAUGUUCUGUCAUAUGCCUCACAAUCAAUAUUGCAAAAAGCACAUUAAUCGGGUAACUACAUAUUGACUGGAAGGCCAAGGAAAAUAGUUUUCAGUUUAAGCUUAAAGAUGGUAGCAUUCAUGUAACGUCAUCUUAAUAUGAAUUAUGUUUUUUCUGUAAGGAUCUG